AUGGGUUUACUUUCUCAGGGCACGCCUCUGUCAUGGGCAGAAUCUCGUCAAUACAACGACUAUGUUCGGGAUCAUGGUAUCAACCAAUUAGUGAAUUGCUUUAAUGCGGCCAAGGGCCGUCACAACGAUCACUUUUUCUGGGGUGACGAGAUCGAGUAUCACAUGAUCAGGAUCGACGAUAAGGCCAAGACUGCCCAGUUAUCGCUAAACGAGACCGAAGUGUUGAAAAAUCUGGGAGAACAUGGCAAGGACAAGCAAAGGGCAAUCGACCAGGGAAUUCUUUUCCACCCGGAAUAUGGAAGAUUUAUGCUUGAAGCCACACCUUACCAGCCAUACGAUGGUGAGACUAUUGAAGGAUAUGCAGAGGUGGAGCAAAAUAUGAGCGUUAGGAGAACUGUUGCACACAACGAGAUGGGUGACAAGAAUGUGCACGCGGCAACGUUGACUGCUUUCCCCACCAUGGGAUGUGAUGACUUCACCUAUCCGAAGGCUGUGCCUAAAGGUCCGGCCUCGCAGUCACUUUUCCUCCCAGACGAGGUGAUCAACCAGCAUGUGAGGUUCCCAACUCUCACUGCCAACAUAAGAAGAAGAAGAGGCCAGAAAGUUGCGAUCAAUAUUCCGUUGUUUGAAGAUACAAACACGGACAUGACGCAUCUUGACUCUUCGAUUCCUAAGCGGGAGCUUUUCAGCGGAGAUGAUGAAGCAUUCCUCGGUGCAGCAAAGCCUGGCCACAUCUACAUGGAUUCGAUGGGCUUUGGAAUGGGCUGCUGCUGCCUUCAAGUCACACUGCAGGCUCCAGAUAUUAACGAGGCGAGAUACGUUUACGACUCGUUUGUUAACAUUGCACCGGCCUUACUAGCACUUACUGCGGCAACACCAAUAUUGAAAGGCCGCCUUGCAGACCAGGAUGUGCGUUGGAAUGUCAUUUCUGGUGCUGUUGAUGAUAGAUGUCCGGAAGAGAGAGGUGAAGCAACUUUGCAAGGACACAAAGCCAGAGGAGGCAUUGCUGAUAACGCAAAUGUGAUAUACAUCCCGAAGUCAAGAUACGACUCUGUUGAUCAGUACCUGGGAGACAUACACAGCCAGCCUGGAAUAGACGGUCUCAGCCACAUUACAUCUGUUGGCACAGUAAGCAAGGAGAGUGAAAGCUCGGCCGAUUACACAUACUUUGAGCCAUCACUCAACGACGUGGAAAGCCCUAUUAAUCCGGCUGUCUAUGCUAAAUUGCGGUCCGCAGGAUUUGAUCACCGUUUGGCAAGGCACUUUGCCCAUUUGUACAUCAGAGACCCACUAGUGAUAUUUAAGGAGAAGAUCAAGCAGGACGAUGCCACCGAAACAGACCAUUUCGAGAACAUCCAGUCCACCAACUGGCAGACACUCAGAUUCAAACCUCCUACGCAGAAAGCCACUCCGGGUAACGACUCUGUUCCUGGAUGGAGGGUCGAGAUAAGACCAAUGGAGAUAUCGGUUACUGACUUCGAGAAUGCCGCAUUUGGCGUUUUCUCCAUCUUGCUUGCCAGAGCCGUCAUCAAGUACAGACCGAACUUUUACGUUCCUAUAUCCGUUGCCGAGCAGAACAUGAAGGUGGCUCACACGAGAGGUUGCACGACUGAUGGCAAGUUUGGAUUCCGUGUGAACAGUUGGCAUGGACAGAAUGAAAAGGCUGUGAUUGCUCAACUAUCUCUUGACCAACUUUUCAAUGGAUACGAGGACUUCGAAGGUCUUGUUCCUGUGACGAGGCGGUAUGUUCAUGAAACGUUUGAAAUAAAGACUGAGCAGCAAAGAAAUGCCCUGGAGUUGCUCGAGAUUUACUUCAAGUUCAUAUCCAAGCGUGCAUCAGGAGAAAUUCCUUCAACCGCUAAGUUUAUUAGAAGCUUUGUCAUGCACCACCCAGAGUAUAAGCAUGACAGCAAGAUCAACAGCAGUAUUAAUUACGACCUAAUCAAGUACCUUCAGAGAUUGGAAAGAUACGAUCCCGAGUUAACUUCUGAGUUCUUCGGAAAGGAGAUUUCCACAUGGAUGUCUGAUCAUGGCUAUUAG